AUGGCGUCUGAGGAGUUCGACGAGAAGCCGUCGCAGCUUGUGGCCGACCUUGGGCAACGGGAAAACCGUGUGUCAGAGGACCCCGAGCGAGUCAAGCGGGAGAAAGCACUGGUCCGCAAGCUGGACUUGUUCAUAGCCCCGGUUAUGAUGUUGCUCAUGCUCAUCAGUUACCUCGAUCGAAGCAACAUUGGCUUUGCAGCGACCCAAGGCAUGACCCACGACAUCAAUCUCAAGGGAUCUCAACUUAACACCGCCGUAUCCGUCUUUUACAUUUUUUAUGUUCUUGCGGAAUUUCCGGCCGCGAUUCUUGUCAAGCGACUCCAGUUCAACCGAGUGAUUCCCAUAAUCACCUUCCUAUGGGGCAUUGUUUGUCUCAGCACGGGGUUUGUCCGCUCGUUUGGUCCUCUCAUGGUCACUCGUGUUCUGCUUGGGCUCUUUGAAGGCUGUUUGUUCCCCUCUCUCACACUGUUCAUGUGCAACUGGUACAAACGUGAGGAACUGGGGUUCCGAAUUGCUGUCCUAUUCAUUGCUACCGCCUUGUCUGGCGCGUUUGGCGGGCUCUUGGCAUGGGCAAUGCUUCACAUGGAUGGAGUUGCAAACAUGGCCGGCUGGCGGUGGCUCUAUAUACUCGAGGGCCUCAUUACCGUGGCCUGGUCAGCGUGCUGUUUCUACCUCGUCCCAAAGGACUACGAAACUGCGUACUUUCUCAACGACGAAGACAAGGCCCUAAUGAGGCAGCGGGCCGAAGAAAUGGAGGCAUAUAGUGGCAGUUCGGGGCACUAUACCAUGCAUGACAUCAAGUUGGCCGCUUCAGAUGUCAAGAGCUGGAUUCACGGCUGCGUUCAGAUAGCCGUUGUGACGAUCCUUUAUGGAUUCGGUACCUUCCUCCCCAUCAUCAUCAAAGACGGAUUCAAGUUCACCACGGUUCAAGCCCAAUAUCUGGUCAUCCCAGUCAACCUUUGGGGUGCGGUCGUCUACGCCGUGGGCGCGAUCCUGUCCGACAAGUUCACUUCGCGUUUUCUGCCGCUUAUCAUCUGCGCCCCGAUUGGCAUUGCGGGCUACGCGAUCCUGCUCGCCCCUGUGUCCGCAUCAGUUCACUACUUCGGAACGUUCCUGGUCGCCACGGCCUGCUUCUUGUGCACUGGUGGAAACAUUACAUGGAUCUCGGCCAACUGCGCCCCAGAUGGCAAGCGUGCUGCCAGUAUCGGUAUUCUCCUGACUUUAACCAAUAUUGGUGGAAUUGUGUCUGGGCAAAUUUACCAGUCAGGCGCCGGCCCCAAGUACAUCCUCGGACACUCUUGGUCAUUGGGGUGCCUGGCCUUUGCUUGGAUAAAUUGGUGGUUCAUCAGAGCACUAUACAGGAGGCGCGAAGCCGCAAAGAAUAGGCUCCUGGCUGAAGACGCCGUCGACUCUUCGGAGGAGUUUACGGACCGAUCGCCAGAUUUCAGGUACCAAAUUUAG